AUGAGGAGAUAAAUUGUAGUAGAUUAAGAAGAUUGUGAUGAUGGUAAUUAUAAUCCAUUUGAUGGUUGUCAUAAUUGUAAAUUUGCUUGUAACUUUGCAUGUGAUAUUUGCUAUAAUAGGAGAUGUUAUGCAUGUAAAAGUGGAUAUGAAUUAGUAAGUGGUAAAUGUUGUUCUAUUUGUUUAAACAAAUCUCUUACAUUGUUAUAAUAAUGA